AUGGCAACUGAACCUAAAAAAGACGCCAACAGUGUUGAAGUUGACUUUGAUAACGUUCAAGCUGCCGUCUGGAUCAAAUGGGAUGUUAAAGGUGGUUCAGAUCGCACGCAUCAAGCGAACCUGGACACAGACUACGCUCUCGAAGGUUCUCCCAACAUCCAGGGUAUUGAAAUCAGAUUCGGAUCGCCUGUCAACGUGCGCUGCUAUGGCUCCUACCCUCCUAGUGGCACUCCAAACAUUGAGCUUCAUGGACCUACCAACGGGAAGCACAAAAUCGACGCUAGACGGCUUGGGGCAUACCGUGUUGUACGCCGUUAA